UAAGAAAACGCUGCUUAAAGCUGCUGUGUUGCUCAAGCUGCGCCUCUCUCCACAUUCCUCCUCUCCCAGGCACACGCCCUAUGACAAUGAAAAAAAAGUUGGCUGCAGUGAAAAGUUAAAUCACGGAAAAGAUAUGCGUUACUGGUUAAUCUAGCCCACGACUGAAGAGGAGGAUCUUCGAGAAAGAAAGGAGAGUAGUUGCUGAAAUAGUUUGUUGCCCUUUCUUCCCUGUCCUAACGAUAUGGAGGCAGCCAUUAAGACAAUAGUGACCACAUUUCUAAGUUCUGCCAGAGGGAAGGAGAACCUAGAUUCCAAAGCCUUCCAGAAUCUGGUAAAGAAAAACCUGAGUGGCAUCAUGGAGGAUACAAACAGCUCCUCAGCCAUUAAGGAGAUGCAAAAAGGACUGGAUGAGAACAGCGAUGGAAAGGUCAGCUUCCCGGAAUACCUCACUCUGAUUGGCUAUGUGGCCAACACCUUCAGUCAGAGCAAGAGUGGAUGCAAUGCAGAUGCAUCAUAGAUGUUUGUGAAGCUGCAAUGUUUGAGGGAUCAGAAAUGUAUCAUCUUUUUUCCUAGUAUCAUCUCUCAUUUCUAAGUGUUCCAUCAUGUAUCCAUUUCAUCUUGACAGUCCAUAAUCCUUCUCAUCCUUCUGCACAAUCAACAAACUGUAUGAUACCCUGAACUACACCUUUAAGGUGUGUUUAUGUUAACCCUUUUUCUGUCAUAUUGUGCUCCACUAUCAAGGAUACAGUGAAGGACUCUGAACUGGACAUGCCUUUUUUAUACCAAUAAUACAAAAAGUGCAGUUUUCAAAAUAAAACUUUAUAGUAUA